AUGUUUCCUUCAUCCAAUUCAUCUUUCUCACCGUCGGCUAUGUUCUCGGUGUAUGCAUCCCUAAGUGGGUCCAUGAUGCUCUUUAGAUCGAUGCUCAACGAUUUCGUACCGGAGCAGCUCCGUUCCUACAUCUACGAGAACUUAAUGGGAAGAUUUUUCACUCCCAAGUCGAAGAAUCUCACGUUGAUUAUCGACGAGAACUCCAAGUUCAAGAAGAACCAAGUCUACGAAGCGGCGGAGAUGUACCUCCGGACCAAGAUCGGCCCUGAGACAGAGCGUUUACGCGUGUCGAAAACUUCGAAGCAAAAGCACUUCACUGUCACGAUUGCAAAAGGAGAAGCGAUCCGCGAUACCUUCGAGGACUUCCAGGUGAAGUGGUUAUGUGUUACAGAGAACGAGAAGAGUGAUAAAAGUGAUAAAGCAAAAAGGCACUACGAGCUCAAAUUCGAGAAGAAGCUGAGAGAGAGAGUCUUGGACUCUUACUUGAACCACGUUAUCGCGGAGUCGGAAAAGAUCAAGAAGAGCCUGAGAGUGGUGAAUCUCUAUAGCCGAGAUGUGCAUGGGUGCAGGGACGACGAUGGAGGUGGUGCUGGUGCGGGGUGGGGAUGUAUAAGUCUCGAGCAUCCUUCCACGUUCGACACGUUGGCGAUGGAUCCUAGUGCGAAGAAGAAGAUAAUCGAUGACUUGGAUAGGUUUCUUAAGAGGAAAGAGUUUUAUAAGAGAGUUGGUAAAGCAUGGAAACGAGGUUACUUGCUGUAUGGGCCACCGGGUACCGGUAAAUCUAGCUUGAUAGCCGCGAUGGCUAAUUACCUAAAGUUCGAUGUGUUUGAUCUUGAUCUUAGCAGUAUUUAUGGCAAUGCUGAUCUGAAGAGGGUUUUGUUAUCCACCACGAAUCGUUCUAUCUUGGUGAUUGAGGAUAUUGAUUGCAAUGCUGAGGUGAGAGAUAGGGAAGAUGAGAUUCAAGGAAGUGGAAAAGGUAGAGGAAAGAGGAAACACAGGGAUGAUGUUGAUGAUGAAAGUGAUGAUGAUCAAGACUCACAGUUGACUCUGUCAGGGAUUCUGAACUUCAUUGAUGGGUUAUGGUCAAGUUUUGGAGAUGAGAGAAUCAUCGUGUUCACGACAAACCACAAAGACCGGCUUGAUCCUGCGUUGCUACGUCCUGGAAGAAUGGAUAUGCAUAUCAAUAUGUCGUACUGUACAGGAUUAGCAUUUAGGACAUUGGUUACUAAUUACCUUGGUAUAGAUGGAUUAAACCAUCCUCUAUGUGAAGAAAUCGAGAAGCUGAUAGAUUCUACGGAGGUUACUCCUGCUGAGUUAGCUGAAGAGUUGAUGCAGGAUGAUGAUACUGAUGUUGUUCUACGUGGAGUAAUUAGCUUUGUUGAGAAGAGGAAAGGCAAGAAAAACAAGGUCAAGGCCAAGGAGGAUGUUUCUGCUUGUAAAGAAGUUGUAACUGAUAAAGAUGAUAGUCACGGGAAACAGAGUAGUAUGAAGAAUCAGAAGCAGGCUGGUAAACCUAAAGGAAGGAUCAUGAAAAGACAAAAACUUACGUAG